AUGGCUAGUGGGUCUGUCGCUGAGCUCAUGACGAACGAGGAGUAUAUGCGGAAAGUCGAGCAUUCGGUUGAGCCCGUUGUGGUCACCUUCCUUUCCUCUUUGGACGAUAAGUGCAAGGCGGUCGCCUCGAAAAUUGAGGAGCUAAGCAAUGAGUUCACAACCGUCAAGUUCUACCAAGUCGACGUCAGAAAGCACGCCAUGCUCUCCAGUGCCCUUCUCAAUACGAAAUUGCCCUUCAUCGUCUUUUUCAAGAACGGCGCAGACUUGUUGACCCUAGGCUCCGAUGUUCCCCUUUCAAGUAUUCGGGAAGGCCUCCAAGCGCUUCAGAUGGCAUCUUAA